AUGGAAAAAGAAGGCGUGUGGGAUGAAUUGUCACAUUUAUCAAUAACAGAAGAAAUUGACAUGGGAGCAAGUGGGGAAACUGCUCAAGGUAAGAGAAUCAUCACAAAACUCACUUUCGUGCAGAAGGUUAAAUGCUUAGCUCAACGUUCUUAUUUAGAUGCGUGAUUUGGUCGUCAGAAAUCCAAAGAGUCUGGUUUAAAUUGCCCAUAUCAUAUAUUACAAAACUGAUCAAUAAAAACUUUUGGAAAGCUAUGAACAAUCGUUCAUAUCUGCUCACCUUCAUUUUUACUUUAACAACUGUUCUUUCAAUUUUUCGUUUCUAAUAGAAAAGAAUUGUUAGUUGUUAUUGUCAAGUUUUGUUACAAAAUAAUCUAAUAAUCUCUUUUUUCUUUACUUUUCGUUACUAAAUGUUUGUGGUUGUUAAACUACUAUUUUUUGUUUUUCAUAUAAUUUACUUAUGUAUUGAUUGGUAUACUACUCGUAAGUCCUUGUGGUUAACCAUUUUGAUAAUUAAUUUCUGUUUAUUUUUUAUUUAAAUAAAUAGCAAUUCUACCAGAAAUUGUAAAUAUGCUUUUAAACUAGCAGACAGGUGAGCAGCGCUUAACUAAGGAAAACUGAUCCAUAUCCACAAACAUAUACAUUCUUUUGUCCGAGCGUGAAUAGCCUUAAAUUUCGUUUUCCCCCAUUCGUUCUGAAAAGUAUUUUGAUUGAAAUCAAGUACUAGUCGGGAGCUCAGGGAGCGCACUGCGGUUCAUUGGUUUGUCUUCAUGAAGAAAAAAACGCGUCGCAAAAUGGCCGAUCUUGAUCUUUUCACGAAUUUUAAAAUUGAUCGCUUACACGAACGAAAUGUAUCGGACUUUCGCCAUUCGACUUAGAAUAGACCAAAGUAUAUUUGGUAAAGUUUGCAGCUCGAUAGCUCUUAAUUUGGUGAAGCUGCAAGCUACCAGUUUUACGCCACCAUAUCUAGUUUUUUCGCCA